AGCAUGUCAAGUGGUGUCACCACUUUGCUCGUCGCCAAGGCUGUCGCAGGGACGGGAUACAGAGGAAGAGAUGUAUAGCCUCGAUGGGGUAGCGUUGUCGGGUUCACUUCUGGCCUCGUUGCUAAACGAAGCAGCGUCACCAUAUGCCGGUUCCGAACCAAGGAAGGGCACCCGCUACACAGACGGCCUCCUCUUCGGAAGCGUAAACCGUCGGCAGGGUACUGAAACCGAAGACGACCACGAGCGGCGGGCGACAACUCAUCGGGAGGCCGCGCUGUCGGGUUACGUUCGUUCACCGGCACGGUGUGGCUUCUACGAUGAGUUCGGGGCGAUCGACGAGGGGCGAUUGGCUUUGCUCAUUCCUCAAGGGCAGCGAUUGGCGGGCUACUUUGUCGUACACAAGGGGGGUUCUACCCGCCCGUCACUCCGAGAAAUCGAGGUGUUCCGCGGCAUGGUAGCGUCAUCGUCCGCUUCGGGACAGCUCCCUGUGCUGCUUGUGGCGUGUCUCAGAUUGAGGGACGGUGCUCCCACCCAGAGCUUUCAGUACCAGUGCCUCACGGCGCAGGGUGGGGUUGGAGGGCCACAGGGUGCCGGCCGUCUGGAGGUAUUACCGUGUCGAAUCAACAACCUCACCAUGGACUCCUCCGCGGAGUACGGGCAUGUGCGACCAUCCCCCGUGGUGCCGCUAGGGGUGGAGGGUGCGCAGCAGUCCGCGUUGGAGGAGGCAUUUGGUCCGGUACCGCCUCCCUACGUUAGCGAGGCCGAGGCGUUACUGGACACGGGGAUAAAGACCAUGGAGGAUCUAGUGUCCGAGCUUAAACUCGUGGAGAACACGGUGGUGCGACUUCAAUUGGAGAACCGGUGUAUGGAGCGUGUUUUGAUGAACCGUGGCGGGACGUGAAGGACAUCUGUGACUCACAUCUUUUCGAGCGUCUUCAUGAACGGGAUCGAGAUUGUGUUGGUUUUAUCACUAACGGGCCAUUUGAAUGCCCGUAUGCUUUUAGAGGGGUGGCCUAGCUUCACAGAGGUCGCGGCGGAGAAUGGAGCUUGCUUUAAGCCGUGUUUUUUGUCCCGACCAGUGAACUACUUGGGGAUCGUCCGACGCAGCUGGCUCCAGCGGGAAUGGCCUUUUGUUCUAUUUUUUUAGACAUUAUCCUGGAAUCCACGGGUCGCGUUUACCCUUUGAUCUAUUGGUAUUCUCGAGCCUUCGGGCGGUCGGGACUCUAGGUCAAUAUCCAGGCGAUGUACGAUAAAAUGGUCUAAUCGCGAGAAGAUAAGUCUGAACAGCCGUGAAGGAAGAGGAUUGGCGCAAACGUACAACCUAUUAGGUAGGCAAUAUUCUCAAAUCACCGCACGGACCAGCUGGACAGGUGUUCGGGUGUCGAUGCUUUUGCAACGCAUAUGUCGGGGAACUCAUCAAGGUGUUUGUACGGGUGGAGAAUGAGGUAGCUUAACGAGGGACCAUGAUACUUAAGCCUGUGGAGAGAGACCUCCUCCGCCCUCGCACUUGUU